GGCACCAGGGAAGGAUCUCUGGUUGGAGAUCCUUCGUUGUGGAAUCCUUUCUGCAAGCUGAGAUCUUCAGAGAUGGGAGGAUGUUUCCGAGCUACAAGGUCAAGGUGACUGGAAUGAAUCCCAAGACCAAGUACAUCCUGUUGAUUGACAUCGUCCCAGCCGAUGACCACCGGUACAAAUUCUGUGACAAUAAAUGGAUGGUGGCUGGGAAGGCAGAGCCAGCCAUGCCAGGCCGGCUGUAUGUGCACCCUGACUCACCUGCCACUGGAGCGCACUGGAUGCGGCAGCUCGUGUCCUUCCAGAAGCUGAAGCUCACCAACAACCACCUGGAUCCCUUCGGGCAUGAUUUUCCAGCAUUCCCCUCCAUUCCCCAUUGUGCAGACUGCCAGGAUGUGCUCGGUGUGGGGCGGCUCCUCCAGCACAGCUCUGGGUUCUGCUCCUACAGCAGUGUCCUGGGGCCAGAAGGGAAUAUGGAGGGUUGGGGCAGGUGGUGAUGGAGCUGUGGAGGUUGCACAUAGCAUUUGGUUGGGGCUGUUUGUGUUAUCAGGGGUAGGAUGCAACCCCCAGGCAUGGGGCUGGGUGCUUCAGUCUAAAAAGAAUAGAGGGAAGGAAGAAAGAAGCAGAAAAAUGUACAAAAAUGAGAGAUUUUAUAUUAGUUAUGAUGUGAUCCCCUGGGAGCAGCUAUAAAAUUAUGUGGCUUUUUCGUAGCCAUUUACUAUUCAAUAUAAAAAAAGGCAGUUGCCAUGGCAACCACUGCAUCAUAUGAUAUUUGAUACCUUGGAGAAGCAGGGAGUGCUCUUAAAUCAACUCCCCAAAUUUCAUAUGGAAGUAAAUACAUUUUACUGCUGAUUUUGGGGAUUGUGAUGGGGACGUGCCCAGCUCUGACCCUUCAGGCCUCAUCCUGCAAUGUGGCAAACUCAGACCCUGCAGGCUGAGACACUGAGAUGCUCACGCAGUGUUUUCCAAGCUGACAUUAAAUGGAAGGAGCGAAUGACACCAUUUUUUGACAUUUGCUCUUGAGUGGGGAGUGCCAAAAAAAAGGG